UAAUUGUUUGUAGUUGUAUUAGUAAACACACUUCUUGUUGGAGCUUCUCGCUCGUUUAUAGUUGUCAUGGACGGUUCUGGUGCGGUGUCCCCCGAAGCUCUUAGCCCAGUUGACGACAUUGGUGAAGAUGAGGAGGAUGACCCCGUAGUGAAUGAAAUUCCUGUUUACGCCGCGCAAAGUUUGGCAAAGUCGCUCUUCCUGUUCCAGUACCCGUUGCAAAGUGCUGCUACUGCUCACCUGAACUCAUGUCCUACUGCUGCUCGAUUCAAACCUGUCCAGAAGAAGGUGCAACUCGACGUGCCCGUGCAGACGGGGAGGUCGACGUACGACCGCCAGAAGGGCAUGUCCAUCGCCACGGCGUGUGACGGGGACCCGGGCAUCAAUCCCGUCGAUCCAAAGGAGAAGGUGUUCGACAGUGACCUGAUGGACAAGCAGACAUUGUCAUCAUCUGUGGCAUGCACCCAGAGACGCUAUGCCAUCGGCAUAUUGCGGGCAGGAGAGCUACACAUGACGCCGGUCUGCGCUUCGGUACAGCUACGACCGAGCUUGCACUACAUCGACAGGGGAGAUACGCAAACACGGAACAGCAAGGCCGGCAAAAAUGGCGAGGAUGGCGAAGAAGAGGAGGAAAAGAAAGGGAAGACGGUCACGGUACGCUUUGCUAAGCCAGAGUCAGAGCAAGCUAAAGCAGCACGCCUGGCCUCUUACAAGCAUUUUGAGGAGGAAAGCGCGAAGGAGAAAUGGGUCGAUGUUCCCGUCUAUUCCGAAACGACUGAUUCCUCUCAGGUGGAGCGUGACUAUCUGUACACCACGACCUCUGUAGAGGACAGAACAGCCGGCUUUGAGACCAUUUCGUGCAGAGAAUAUUUGAAGAAGCUUUGUCCCGACCCGGUCAACACAGUCGAGUAAGUCAUGCACAAAGUCAUGCACCUGCCCUAUUUGGCAAACCUCUGUUUUUGGGCUAC